UGUCUCGUGCCCGUCUCGGUGCGGCGGAGCAGCGCGAGCCUCUCAGCUGUUUGAACCUCGGACGGUCCGCGUCCAGAUUCAAACGUUAAAAUAAAAAGUUUCCUCUGUUUGUUUUAAACUUAAUGUUGGAUCCGGUUUUAUUUUCCGGGUUCGGGUCUGAGAGGAAUGUGAGUCUCGGGUUAGACUCUCGUUCUGGGUUUGCUGUGUCGCGUUGAACCGGAGAAAGAACCGGACCCGACCCGGCGUCACCCGACCCUGUCCCGGCGACGGUGUUUGGACCCAAACGGAACCCACAGACCGGGUCAAGAUGUCGGUUCUCCUGAGUCUCUUUCUAGUCCUGCACACAUGCCGGGGCUUCCCACACCAGCUGUCCGAGCCGCCCGGACGGUUCUCCCUCACCGACCCGCUGCUGGACUACGACCGGCUGGAUGAGGAGCUGGGAGGCGGCGGGGGGCGGAACGGGACCGGCUGCGGGCCGUGUGAGCCGGACUUGUGCCCGGAGACCCGGGGCUGCCGGGCCGGUCUGGUGCUGGACUCCUGCGGCUGCUGUAAGGAGUGCGGGAACCUGGAGGGUCAAGCCUGCGACCCGGGGGACCGCAGCGUCUUCUACGGGCUCUGCGGGACCGGGCUGCGAUGCCAGGCGGACCCGCGGCCCGCAGGAGGAGCAGAGGAGGAGGAGGAGGAGGAGGAGGAGGAGGAGGUGUGUGUGUGUGAGGAGCAGGAGGCGCUGUGCGGCAGCGACGGAGUCACAUACAUGAACAUGUGUCAGUUCAGAGAGACCGCUUUCUCCAGACCAGAACUCAAGAUCAGAGGGAGGGGGCCCUGCAAGACCGUCAUCCCGCUACAGGUGAGCUUCUCUCCAGGACGCCAGGGUCACAUGACCGGGUCACUGAGCUAG